CCUAGUCCCCAGUCCAGAACCAGUGAGCAACCAUGAAGACCUUCAUCUUUCUGGCUCUCCUGGGAGCUGCUGUCGCUUUCCCCGUGGAUGACGAUGACAAGAUCGUCGGGGGCUACACCUGUGGGGCAAAUACUGUUCCCUACCAGGUGUCCCUGAACUCUGGCUACCACUUCUGCGGGGGCUCCCUCAUCAACAGCCAGUGGGUGGUGUCUGCGGCUCACUGCUACAAGUCUGGAAUCCAAGUGCGUCUGGGAGAAAACAACAUUAACGUCGUUGAGGGCAAUGAGCAAUUCAUCAGCGCAUCCAAGAGCAUUGUCCAUCCCAGCUACAACCAGAACACCUUGAACAACGAUAUCAUGCUGAUUAAGCUGAAAUCAGCUGCCACCCUCAACAGCCGGGUGGCCUCCGUCUCUCUGCCAACGUCCUGCGCCUCUGCCGGCACCCAGUGCCUCAUCUCCGGCUGGGGCAACACCAAGAGCAGUGGCACCAGCUACCCUGAUGUCCUGCAGUGUCUGAAGGCACCCAUCCUAUCUGCCAGCGCUUGCUCAAGUGCCUACCCAGGCCAGAUCACCAGCAACAUGUUCUGUGCGGGCUACCUGGAGGGCGGAAAGGACUCCUGCCAGGGUGACUCUGGCGGCCCUGUGGUCUGCAAUGGAAAGCUCCAGGGCAUUGUCUCCUGGGGCUAUGGCUGCGCUCAGAAAAACAAGCCUGGUGUCUACACCAAGGUCUGCAACUACGUGAGCUGGAUUCAGCAGACCAUCGCUUCCAACUAAACAGCUUCAUCUCUUCAGGACCCUCCCGGUUAGCCAGCUUCACCUUCCUCCCAUCCUGAAAACACUACUGAAAUAAAAUCAUUCAUAAAA